UUCGCAUUUCAUUUUCGAUUUUCAUUGCUAAUAAUUGUAUCUGUUAUAUUAUAAUAUUUAUUAAAAUAACAUUGUAUUUCGCGGCGCAGUUAGGUUACUUAAAGCUUAAAAAGAUUAUAAGUGAUAUUUUGUUUUAAGAUUAGUAUUGACUGGAACAUUGUAGUUUAAGUCACAAAAAAUGAGUUCAUUUCGCAGAAGGGGUUCUGUCUCAAAGAACGCAGACAUUGAUUCCUGUACGAGUUAUGGGAAGGACUCAAAUACAAGUAUUAGUGGUCUAUCGACAUCCAAAGCUUUAGUUUUAGUUGUUAUUAUUUUUACAUGCUCACUUUUUGCCCUGGGUCUUUUGUACAAACAGUUCCCAGAAUUAGAGCAGCAUGAGAAAAAGCAUUUAAAGUUACCAUGGGAUUUAGAAGAUGCAAAGCAGCUGGGUCUAGUUUUAGACCGAUAUAAAGAAAAGUAUUUUUAUGAAGUAUUAUUUGGAGUCUUCUUAGUUUAUAUAUUUUUGCAAACUUUUGCAAUACCUGGUUCAAUCUUCCUGAGUAUACUGUCAGGAUUUUUGUUUCCAUUUUAUUUAGCUUUACUUCUAGUAUGCUGUUGUUCAGCCAUCGGCGCAAGUUUAUGCUUCUUCUUAUCAAACCUCCUGGGCAAGAAAAUUGUGAGAAAAUUUUUCCCAGAGAGAGCAGAGCAGUGGUCCAAGGCAGUGGAGAAACACAAAAAUAACUUGCUGAACUAUAUUAUAUUUUUGAGGGUGACACCUUUUUUACCAAACUGGUUUAUCAACAUGUCGGCACCUGUGAUUGGUGUACCUUUGGUGCCAUUUGCCUUAGGAACUUUCAUUGGUGUGGCUCCACCAUCAUUUGUGGCCAUCCAAGCUGGUCAAACUCUACACACCCUGACAUCCACAAGUGAUGCCUGGUCCUGGACAUCAGUUACUGUCCUCAGCGUCUUUGCCCUUGUCUCACUCGUACCAGUUCUGAUGAAACAAAAACUAAGGGAAAAGUUUGAAUGAACCUGUCAUUGAGUUCUUGGGUUUUAGCUAAUUUAUUUAGAGUGAAUUGAUUUUAUGUUAAUAAAUUGUUGUUUAUACAUUCCA